UUGGAGAAAAAGAGAAGGAGACCCAAAAAAGGGCCGGUUUUAGAAGGUCCGAUGACUGGAACUACAAUUGUCACAUUUUUACCGCCCAAAAUUGAUCAAGAUAUGGAAAUUGUCCCGGAAAUGGGCCUAGAAGUGAAUGCGGUUUAUGAUGAGGCUACCUCAACUCCUUUGACUUCCGCUAACUCGCAGAAUAAGAAAUUGACAGCUGUUCAGAUUAUGAAAAUUGAGAAAAAUGGAAGAAUUGAGAGGGAUGGACGGUUGAAAGUUAGUGAUAGUAUUGUUGAGAUUGAUGGCAGACCGGUUUAUCAGGUACGGGGAUUUUUUUCGCCUCAGAAGCUGAAAUUUGGCUUCCAGACGUUUUUCUAGGUGAUUUGGGUCCUAAAGUUGGAUGUUUUAAAUGAAGUUUGAGAUUUUUUGAGCUUCAGAACAUGAAAAUUGGUCCCCAGGACGAUUUUCUUGAGCUGUAGGUUAUAAAUUCUGGUUUUUCGUGAAAUUGUGAUCUUGAGACGAUUUUUUUGAAAUGUUUUCCCUGGAUUUUUUUCGUUGAAAAUCGUCCUAGACGAUUUUUUUUGAAACAGUUGAUUUAUCUAGAAUUGUAUAUGAAAAUUUGUUUUAAAAAAGUGAAUUUUUGGGAAUUUCAAAAAAGGCUAAAAUGUCCAAUUUUUGCACCUGAUUCUAAAUUUUUUGGGCAAAAAAUACAAUUUCUGAAAUUUUCAAGUAAAUUUGAACCUCUGAUUCACUGUCUGUCAAUUUCUGGUUAUUAGACGAUUAUACUAUGUAGAUUAAAAGACAAAAAAUUGGUCUCAGGGCCAUUUUAUCAGGAUUUUUUGAAAACAAAAUUAACGGAUUACAAAACUUUUACCAAAACGAUUCACUUUUAUUUUUGAAAAUUUUGAAACAGUAGAUUUUUCACUGGGCAAAAUUUUGUUUUCUCAAUUUUCAAGUUGAAAAACCAUAUAAUUUUGUCUUCCAGAUGUCAAUUCUAAGAGCUCGUGCUUAUAUCGCUGACCUGUCUCUCUUCUCUACAAAAUCAGUCACUUUGACCAUUUUGCUAUCAAUCGAAACAUUUAGCGAUGAGAAUAAUAUCGAUCAGAAACCGAUAUUUUCAGCUUUGCAAGCUGCAAAUACACAAUAUAUUGGACAGACGCAAAUUGUUGAGCUGGUUAAGAGUGAGUUGUUUUUGGGGGGUAAAAAAUUGAAAUUUUCGAAAAAUUCACUGUUUCAAGAAAUUUAUAUCAGAAAUUUGGUUUUUUCGGAAAUUUGAUUAUUUUCUCAAUGUGUUGUAAAAAUUUUGACAAAAACCGAUUUCUAGUCCGUAAUUCACUUGAAACAUCGAAUUUUAAUUGAAAUUUGUAAAUUUUAGCUGAAAAACUUAAGCUCCAGUCUAAAAUAGGAAAAUUUUCACUUUUGAAAUUCUCAGAAAAUUUACUGUUUCAAGAAUUUUAUAUUGAAAAUAGUGUUUACAAAUUUCUAGUACUUUUCAGCCAUAAAAUUUAAUUCUAUUGAAAAAUCCUAUUUUUACGCCAAAAAUUGAGGCUCAAAUCUAAAAAUUGUAAUUUUCUAGGCUUUUCGAAAUUCUCAGAAAAUUUACUGUUUCAAGAAUUUUAUACUCAGAGAUUCGCUGGCCAGCUCGCCACUAGUUCAGGACCAGGUGGCCGGAAAGUUCAAAACGAGCUGAAUUUGAUUCGGCCACCAGGUCGCCUUGAGUUUUCCGGCCACGUGGCCUGUGUGUUUGAAAUCCUGGAAAGCUAGCAAGACGGUGGUUUGUACUCAAAAUAGUGCAUUUUUUACUGUUUUUUUCACUUCCUAAGGUUUCUAGUACUCCGAAAAAACAGAAAAUGAGCCAAUUUCUUCUAGAAUGCUCGGAUUCACAAGUUUUUUGGACUUUUUUCUCUUAAGCGAGACGAUCUGGACGCGAGGUCGGGUCGAGCUGGACAACCUGGGCGAGGUGGUCUGCAUGAACUGAACCACCUCGCGACCAGGUCGUCUGGCAAAAAAUACGGGCGAUGUGGUUGUCCGUGUCAAUUUCAGAUGGGCAGUCGGUCCCACCUAGUGACCAGCUGGCCAGCGAAUCUCUGAGUAUGAAAAAAAUGGCUUUUUGAAAAUUUAUUUUGAUAAUUUUCGAUUGAAAACAUGAUUUCUGUGUUUUUUUUAUUUAUAUUAAAAAAUGUUUUUCAAAGAUUUUCAAACAAAGCAAUUGGCUCAGAAUUUAUGAUUUUCUAGGUUAUUUUGAAAUUUUCAAAAAAUUCACUGUUUCAAAAAUUUUUCCUGACUGAAAAAUCUGAAUUCUAUAGGUUUCUCGGAAUUUUGAAAAAAAAAUCACUGUUUCAAGCAUUUUAUAAAAGAAAUUUGGUAGACGUUUUUGUGCUCACUUAUGAAAGUUUGACAAAAACUCAUUUAAAAACCGUAAUUCACUUGAAACAUCGAAUUUUAAUUGAAAUUUGUAAAUUUUAGCCGAAAAUUUGACUCUCAAAUCUGAAAAUAGGCAAAUUUUUACUUUUUGAAAUUCUCAGAAAGUUUACUGUUUCAAGAAUUUUAUAUUAAAAAUUGGGAAAAUUUUUUGUGGUAAUCUUGACAAUCAGGAAGCUUAGUUCUAGUUCUACUAUUCAAUCAUAAAAUUCAAUUUACUGUUUCAAGAAUUUUAUAUGAGAAAAAUUGGGUUUUGGGAAAUUGAUUCUGAUAAACUGUAGGGUGAAAACAUGAUUUCUGGUUUUUCAUUCAACAAAAAAGUGUUUUUCAGAAAUUUUCAAAAAAUUCACUGUUUCAAAAAAUUUAUAUGAGAAAAUUGGUUUUUUCGGAAAUUUGAUGGUUUCUCGACAUGUGAAAGUAUUGAAAAAAACUGUAGUGUGAAAAAAAAAGUAUGUAGUGUGAAAAUAUUGACAAAAACUGAUAUCUUGUCCGUAAUUUAAUUGAAGAAUCGAAUUUUAAUUGAAAAUUGUAAUUUUCUUGGAUUUUUGAAAUUCUCAGAAAUUUACUGUUUCAAGAAUUUUAUAGAGGAUUCCUCUAAGAGGAAAAUUGGGUUUUGGGAGAUUUGAUUCUUGAUUCACGAAAAAUUGAUUUUUUUUUCCAAAACUCUUCAAUUUUCCAGGCUCAAAUGGCUUUGGAUUUACCGUAACUGGCCGCUAA